AUGCGUUCAGUUUGGCAACCACCCCGAAAUUACAAAGACCGGCCUGUGACUAUUCUCGGAGCUGGCGUGCUUGGACGACGAAUCGGAUGCAUCUGGGCUUCAGCUGGAUAUAACAUCCGAAUUCGAGAUCCCAGUGCCCAACAACGCGCGGAUGGAAUCGCAUACAUCAAAGAAAAUGUAGCCUCCUACGCGGCCGCCGCUGGAAGCAAACUCGAUCCCGGCAAUGUGGAGACAUUCGAGCACAUGGAGGACGCCAUUGCUAAUUCCUGGCUGGUGAUCGAAGCCGUACCCGAGAAACUCCAACUCAAAAUCGAUACUUUUGCCCAGCUCGACGCUCUGGCAUCCAGCGAUUGCAUCCUGGCUUCGAACUCAUCUUCGUACAAGACCUCCGAGAUGCUUGAGAAAGUGUCUGUCGAUACCAAAGCUCGCAUUCUGAAUAUGCAUUACUACAUGCCUCCCCAAUGCAUGAUCGUGGAGCUAAUGACUGACGGCUAUACCACAGCCGAGAUCUUCCCGUUCAUGGUUGAGCGUUCGAAGGAGGUGGGGACUUUGCCUUAUGUUGCAAGAAAGGAAUCUACUGGCUUUAUCUUCAAUCGUCUCUGGGCGGCUGUCAAGCGAGAGGCUUUGACCAUUUUGGCGGAGGGGGUGUCAGUUCCUGAGGAAAUAGACUCCAUGUGGACUGAGAUGUUUGUCAAAGGAGGCAGUGCCCCCUGCAAGACAAUGGAUAAUGUCGGGCUGGACACUGUUGCGUUCAUCGAGGCCCAUUAUAUUGAGGAACGUGGUCUUUCUCCUAAGAACACGGUGGAGUUCUUGAACAGGAACUACCUGUGCGACGGAAAGCUCGGCUCUAAGAGUCCACACGGUGGUCUUUAUCCUCCUCAGAAAGCUACGGACUUGUCAAAUGAACCUAAGCUUCUCGUCUUGGAUGUUGGAUUGUCCGCCGUUUCACCAACAACCUCCUCGGGCAGCAUCAUUGAGUGUUCUGCUGAUGGAAAGAUUCAACGGACUUUGCUCCAAAGCCAAUCUUUGCCUGAUGGUGUGGCUGUCGACCCUGCCAGCAACAGAUUCUUCUGGACCAACAUGGGCGUCCCGGGGAAAAGGGAUGGUGCUGUUUAUUCCGCCGACCUAAGCGGCUCAGACAUUCAAACCAUCGUGCCCAUCGGUGACAUCAAUACCCCGAAGCAGCUAACCCUGGACAUCGAGGCAAAGAAAGUCUACUUCUGUGACCGUGAAGGGCUUCGCGUCUACUGCUGCAACUUUGACGGCUCUGACCUGGAAGCGAUCAUCACAGCAGGCAACCCGGAAGAUCCCCAGCACGGCAACGAUGGCACUAAAUGGUGUGUUGGAAUUACUGUCGCUCCCAAACUGGGAAAAUUCUACUGGUCUCAAAAAGGGCCUUCGAAAGGUGGCCAGGGAAGGAUCUUCUGCGCCGAUAUCUUGACGCCAGCGGGUUCUUCGCCAGAAAAGAGACUGGAUAUUCAGUGUCUUCUUAGUGGCCUUCCUGAGCCCAUUGAUUUGGAAGUCGAUGAAGAGUCUCGCUCUCUGUAUUGGACUGAUCGCGGCGAGAUACCAUUUGGUAAUUCGUUGAAUCGGAUCCUGUUGGAUGAGUCAGGCUUGCCGCUUGUUACAUCCGCUUCGUCGAAGUAUGAAGUCCUUACUAGACACCUCAAGGAAGCCAUCGGACUGAAGUUGGAUACCAAGAACGGUCAUAUUUAUCUGACGGACUUGGGUGGCAGCAUCUAUCGAUGCGAUCUGGAUGGCAAGCAGAAGAUGAAGAUAUAUUCAAACGACCAUCGCGCUUUCACCGGAAUCACCACAUUUUGA